UAUAAAUUUAAAUAGAUAAUGACGACUAAAAAAAAACAAACAUCUCAUAUUUGCUCCUUCAAUAAAAUACAAAAAUAUAAUUAUCCAAACUUUUACUUACGAUUCUUUUCCACCAGAUGCAAUAACAAUUUCCACAUUUACUCUUUCUAUCCUCUUUCCAUCUUCUUCCACUUUACAGCAACAAUAUUCCGUUUCACCAUUUUCUUUUUACAAAAUCCGAACAAUAUCUAACAUCUUAGUAUCAUACACGCAUAGCUCACAAUCAAAAGGUUUCAACUAUAAUCCACAGCGCUGUAAUUCAUACGUUACGUGUCUCAUUAAUAAUGCAACAUAAAGUGUGACAAUCAUUUCUCCUGACUUCGUAUCAUUUGGGAUGUUUUCGUCGAAAAGAAAGGAACAAGAAUUGAGGCAAAUACAAAACCGCAUGCAAGAACGAUGAAAAUAAAAGGAAUUGACAAGUUAUCAAUCCCUAUUAAAUUAUUAAUUAUUAUCGUGGUUUAUACUCGUUUAAUGUUACGCGUGGGACGAUACACGAGAGGCACGUUGAUCAGUCAUCAUGCAAACGGAAAGCCAGUUGGAUAUAUCGAUGAACUUGUCGACAUUUUUCUUAAGGAAUGUUGGAGUAUGGAUGUCUGAUAAUCCUAGUGAACAACGUUGGAUGAAAAUAUUGCUCGGCUACACAACUUGGAUUUUGUUGUCUGGUAUAAUUAUUAAUAGCAGAGAUUUGUAUUUCACAUUGUUGUACAAUGGCGACAUUCUUUAUGCCACGACGAAUAACAUAACUAUGAUAAUGGGUUUGGUCAAAAUAUGCAUCAUAUUGAUGUAUAAGAAAAAGUUUUUAAAUCUAAUUGUGUACAUGCAACAAAAUUUUUGGAAUCUUAACUAUGAUCAUUGUGAGAAAAAAAUUUUAGAUGAUUGCAGAAAAACUUGCACUUUUUUCAUCUCUUCUGUUACCACCAUGGCUAUAUGCGCCAUGAUAUGUUAUCUAAUGAUACCAUUCAUUGUGCAAAGUGGAAAAAAUGAAUCCGAGAGAAUGCUUCCGUUCAAUAUGUGGAUAAAUUUGCCGGUAUCAAAAACGCCUUAUUACGAAAUAAUAUUUUUUAUACAAGCAAUGUGUGUAUACUAUGUUGGAAUCUCUACUUUUUGUUUCGACAAUAUUUUCUGCAUCAUGGCCAUACAUUUGGCUGGUCAAUUUCGCAUACUUCGAUACAGGUUUACGAAACUGUGCGACAUGGAAUAUGAGAAUUCACAAUCGGUAUUGUCAAAACAGGUGCACAAAUUUUACGAGAAAUUUAAAAGAUGCGUUCAACAUCAUCAAACACUAAUCGAUUUCUAUCAAAAUCUUGAGAACGUGUAUACCACGAUCACGCUUGAACAAGUGUUGGUAUUCAGUGUAUUAAUUUGUCUGUUCGGAUAUCAAGUGUUGGUGGCUACCGCCUCUUUUGCCAGACGCUUCAUUUUUGUCUUUCUGUUGAAUGGCUCGAUAUUUUUAUUAUUUAUGGUCACCUACAGCUGCAAUGGUGUGAUGGAGCACAGUGAUAACGUUGCUAUUGGAGCUUACUCGGUACUGUGGACGAUUAUGCCGAUGGAUAAAUUUGGAAAGAUAUUUCGAAAGGAUCUGAUGAUUGUAAUUAGACGAUCUAGACAAGUUUGUUGUCUGACCGCGAAUGGAUUUUUCCCUGUAUCAUUAGAAACGUGUACCAAAAUUUUAAGUACAGCACUAUCGUAUUUCACAUUACUGAGUAAUCGCGUAGAAAAUGCAAAUAGCUCAUAAAUUUCCAACGAUUCAUUAAUAAACUGUUCUUCAGAUUGAUCUAAAUUAAUAAAAAUAUUAACUUCAGAUUAAAUGUUGCAUAUUGAGGAACCAUUAAAAAAAGAGUAAAGAUAGUAGGAUAAUUUUUUGAAAUAAUACAAUCACUAUUAAACUGCGGAUUUGUAUGAAAAUAAAUAUUUUUUGCAAAUAAAACAUAUAAAUAAAUAAUGUUUGAUUAUGUUAGGUAUCCAAAAAGUACAGAAUAAAAAGUAUUAAUCAAUCAAUCAAUAAUUUUCCAGAAAGAAACAAAUUUAUUUAUUAAUUAUUAAAUUUUUAUUUAUUUAAUUAAUGAAAUCAUUACGAAUAUACCUUUAAAUAGAUAAUUAUAUUUAACAACUAAAA